ACGCCUUUGUCGACAUCAGUAGCUGGGUUGCGAUCGGAGCAGAUUCAUGUGGCGAAAUGGAUCUUCAACGUGUUCUGGAGAAGUGUGGCAACUUUGGCCCCUAUCAAAUCCUUUUGCUGGGACUCUUUGGAUACACGAACAUAGUGUCCUCGCUGCACUACUUCUCGCAGACCAUCAUAAGUUUUACUCCAUCUCACAGCUGUUCUCCACCCGCGGACUACUCGCAGAAUUUAACCCUACUGCAGACCUGCAAUGUUAUUCAGUACGAUGCUGACCUGACUUCACAUCGAGAUUCCAAGUGCACCUCCUGGGUUUUCGAAAGGGAAAGCAACUACGAGAGCGUUACCACCGAGCUGAAGUGGGUCUGCGACGAUGCCUACAAACUGGCGGUGGGCCAGUCCUUCUUCUUCAUCGGAUCCGCCCUGGGCAGUAUUUUCUUCGGGUAUUUGGCCGAUCGCAUAGGACGUCUGCCUGCCUGCGUUUUGACCACUUUGACAGGAGCCUCCGGGGACUUCUUCACUUCAUUCGUGAGCAGUCUGCCUUGGUUCUCCUUCACGCGCUUUAUUUCCGGUCUCUCUAUGGACACCCAGUAUGUCCUCAUGUAUAUUUUGGUUUUCGAGUACUUGAGUCCACAACAUCGCACUUUCGGGCUAAAUAUUAUCUUGGGCGUAUUCUACUGCUUUGGCCUGAUGAUCUCGCCUUGGAUCGCCAUUUGGUUGGGCAACUGGCGAAGUUACCUAUGGGCGGCAUCCCUUCCAGCCCUAGGAAUGCUCAUUUAUCCGAUGUGUCUACACGAAAGCGCCGAGUGGCUGCUGACCAAGGGAAAGUUCGACAAGGCAGUCAACAAUCUGCGGAGCAUUGCCAAGUUUAAUGGGCGAAAGGUGGAGGACUCCGUUUUCGAUGAGUUUGUCAAACACUAUCGUGAAAAGUUGUACAGUUCGCAAAAGAAAUCAUCAGACACCUUUAUGGGCAUGUUGAGGACACCAAGACUGAGGAAGUUUACCAUUAUUUUGUUAAUAAAAUCAAUGAUCAUUACUAUCGCCUUCGACACCCUGAGUCGCAAUGUAGAAGGCGUGGGCAUAUCCCCCUUUAAGCUCUUCUCCUACUCGGGUUUCUGCUACCUGCCCGCUGGCCUCAUGAUUAUCCUGUUCCAGAACAAAAUCGGGCGAAAGGGCAUGGCCUGUGCCUCGCUCUUUGUGGGUGCCGUCAUCACGGCGACCACUGGCUAUCUGGUGGCCACUCUAUAUCCCGAGGAACACUCGGUUCUCCUGGGGAUCAUGGUGAGCCUGGCAAGAUUCGGAGCGGUGGUGGCCUACGAUGCCGAGGCCCAGUACGCGGCGGAGAUCAUUCCCACCAGUGUGCGAGGACGAGGCGUGGCCAACAUCCAUGUGGUGGGCAACGCCUUCGCCUUCUUCAGCCCCUACGUCAUCUACUUAGGGACUUUCUACAAGCCGCUGCCAUCUCUAUUGAUCAGCUUCGUUUUGCUAAUCGGGGCUUGUUUGUGCCUUACUCUUCCAGAGACUUUGCACAAACAACUCCCACAGACUCUGGAGGAGGGCGAGAUAUUUGCCAAGGGCGAGAAAUGGUAUUUCUUUCCGUGCUUUUCGCGCAGAAUGCAGUCGAAUAAAUCUGAUCCUCACUUGGAGUUUGGCAAUGAAAAUACAAAGUAGUUAUAAUAAAUGUAUAAAAUAUUUAAUAAACGUGUUAGCUUUGUUCAAAUGAACGAAAAUUAAACCGAAACAUG